CCCUUGCCCUCUAGCGUAGGUUUGGCAACCUGAGGACUUUUUAGCCAGUCUACGAGGUUUGGACACUACCAAACAAGAUAAACUAUCAACAUUGUCCUUACUGAGCUUCAAAAAAGAAGAAGAAGAAAAAAAGGAGUUUGCCGUCCUAACUCAUGGUUUGACCAGCCCAGUCCACUAGCUCUUAAAACGAAACCGGAAAUGUCUGGUGUGUGUCUGUAAGAAGUUGCAUUAUCAUCUUAAACUGCCGACACAAAACCAUGGAUAGAUUCAAAUUUAUGCUGUUGGAAAUAUCUAAACACCUGAGCUCUGAAAACUUAUCGACGAUGAAAUUUCUGUGUGGGGAGAAUAUUGGAAAGAAGAAAAAGGAAGAGAUCACCAGCGGCAUUCAGCUGUUUGAGUAUCUGAUAGAGAGAGCACUGAUCGGGCCUUAUGAUACAGCAUAUUUACGGAAGCUUCUCAGUGAACAAGAAGCUUUACUGAAAUUAAUCGACAACUACGAACAACAACAACCGAUCCCCACCGAUUUGCCGGAUGAAACGGAACUAGAAAAAAUCAACUGUGCAAUAGAAGUGAUCACUGAGCACCUGGGAAGGAAGUGGAUUAAAUAUGGACGGAAACUGAAAAUCGCUGAGACCAAGCUCGAAGGCAUACAAGAGAAACACCCUCGCAAUCUGGAGGAACAAGUGAGAGAAUUGUUCAAAGAGUGGAUGAAGAUGCACAAAGCGGAGGCCAAAGUGGACGAGCUGAUCAGGGCACUACGCGACUGCGACCUGAACUACACGGCUGAUGUUGUGGAGAUGAAACUCCAGAAGGCUAAUGCAUCUUGAAAAUGCAUUCCAUCUUUAUUCUCAUUCAUAGCUGCUGUACAUGUGUUAGCGAGAUUUUAUUGCAUUUGUCUUGCAGGUCUUUGUGCCAAAUAUAAUGCUAAAAGGACGUUAACCUUAAAUUUACAUUUAAGGUGCUUCAUAUAUAUAUAUUUUUGCUAUUCUUUGGGAUUACAGUCUUGAAGCUUUGUUUUGCUGGCGGGUAAAAUGUGAAUCCGUGCUGUUUUUAAAAAAAAAAUGGUACUUUUUUUUUCACUGGAAUAUUAUAAAGUAGGCGGAGAUUCAAAUGUAGUAUAUAAUUAUAAUACAAUCAAACACACCAGAGAUGAAUCAUUUCUAAAUGUUAAAAAGCCUCACUCUGUGACAUGGAACUUUUGAUUGCUGUUAUUUUAGAAUCAAUAUCCGUUGUUACAAAAGAAUUGAAUUUAUUGUUAUGUAUCGCAUUUGGAUGUAAAUAAAGGGAAUAUUUUCAUUAGCCGUUGUCUGAAGCCUGGGACAAUAAUACUCUGGUCCGUGCAUCCUGGAAAAUUUGGCAAUUUCUAGAACGGUUAUCACCUCAUGGAAAACACAAAUGAAAUGAAAGUAAGGUUUGUUUCUCUAAAAUUUUUGCAUAUUUAAACUUCCAGGAUUUCCGGUUUGAUCCAUAGCCCCUGUGUGGUUUUAGAAAGGGUUCUCAGGUUUCCUCCUACCUCCAAAAAACAUACAGGUAGAUGGAUUGGCUACUGUAAAUGUGAAUGUACUUGUGCAUGGUGUCCUGUGAUGGACUGGAGUCCCAUCCAGGGUUUAUUCCCACUUCAUGUGUUCCUGGGAGCCACCUCAACUCUGACCAGAAUAAAGCAUCUGUCAUCAACUAAAAC